CGACCACCAACACCCAGCACGCCAUCCAUACUAUAGCAAACACAAUGGCUACCCUCUCUCAACCCCAACUUCCAACAGCAGAGUCCGUAAAAAUCGUCAUGCUCGGCGACGGAGGAGUGGGAAAAAGCGCGUUGACAAUGAGUCUAAUUCGAAGUCGUUUCGUGGAUGAGUACGACCCUACAAUCGAGGACUCGUACUCCACCACACGCACAAUUGACGGCCGUAACUACACCCUCGACAUCUCCGAUACCGCCGGCCAAGAAGAAUACCGUGGACUUUGGGCCUCCCAACACCUCAAUACCGCCGACGCAUUCAUCCUAGUCUACGACAUCACAUCCCACGAAUCCCUCGAAGCACUAGACUACUUCGACUCCCUCAUCGUCUCUGCAUUCGACGUCGAAGGCAGCAAGAAACCGGUCAAGAUCGUCGUGGGGAAUAAGUGUGAUUUGGCAAGUGAUAGGCGGGUUACGAGUGAGGAGGGGUUGGGGUGGGCGAGGAGUAGGGGUGCGGGGUUUAUGGAGAGUUCGGCGAAGUUGAGGGUCAAUGUUGAGGAGACGUUUGCACUGUUGGUGAAGAGGGUUGUUGAGGCAAGGGAGGGAGGUGGGGUACGGGCUUCGCCAAAGGUGAAUAGUCCGAUUAGGAGUCCGGUUGUUGGGCAUGGAGCGGCUGCGAGGGAAGAGGAGAAGGCCGAGGCUGGGUGUUGUGUGAUUUGCUGAAGUAACAAAGAGACGAGCGUGGACGAAGGAAGGACGGGAUCUGGGAUUAUUAUUUGGCAAAUCUGGUAACGGCGCAU